AUGGUGGUGGUGGCCGCCGCCUCGCCCCGCGACUCUCGCUCCCGCUCGGCCCGCCCCGGCAGCCGGCCGCCCAGCAGCAGACGGGGGCCAGGACCAGCCUUGCCCCAUAAGGUUGUCGGCGCGGCCGUUCAGGCAGCACGACCGCAAACAGGUCCUCCUGCUCCUCCUGUCCCACCGGGAGGACGGGCUUUCAGGGGUAAAACCUGCCGGACGUGGCUGCCCUCCCCUGGUGGCCUGUCGGGCAGGAGGUGCACCAUUGGUCCGGACCCACCGUUCCUCUCGUACUGGGCGGGGCUCCUGUCGCGACGUGGCGACGUGUUAACGGUAGGGUAA